GUUACAAAAGUAAAUGUGAUCACAUAGUGCUAGGACUUUUAUAGUCUCCACUAUUUGGUUAACCUUUAACUUUUAAUUUUUUGUUUUUGGUGGGAAAAUAAAUUUCCAUUAUUAAGUUACUGUUUCAGUUAGUUUUCUAAACUUGAGCUAGUUUUCCUUGUAAUCCAUGUAACCAGGACAUGUUGCAGCACAAGUUAAACUUUCUGGUGUUUUAAAUAGUUUCAGGUAUGUCUAAAUUAGCUGAGUGCAGAGGCAUGUUAAAUUUUAAUCCCCUUCAGCAUAUUUUCCUUACCACUGGUCAACAUUUUACAUUUAUUAUUAGUCUUUUCAAUCAUCAAUUGCCCUCAAAGGUCACUGAGGAAUUUAAUGCUUGCUUUUUUGUCACUCACAUUCAAAUGAUGAGUAGAUGCCCUCCAAGAUAUUAGGACACAGCCAUCAGAGAGAUAUUCGUGCCUCAGAAAGAAUGACUGAAAAUAAAGUAGAACUUAACAACAUGGAGAAAGCUCUGAUGGAUAAGAUGGGACAACAUACUGUGAGAGAGCCCAACCUAUUUGAGCGGGUUUUUCAGCCGUGUGUAGCUGAGCUGGUGGGGACCACCUUCUUUGUGUUCAUCGGAUGUGUGUCUGUCAUUGAAAAUGUGGAGGAUGCCGGCAGACUCCAACCUGCUCUGGCUCAUGGUCUCGCAGUGGCGGUACUGAUUUCAUGUAUGGCAGAGAUCAGUGGUUCUCAUUUCAAUCCAUCAUUCACCAUAGCUGUCUACCUCUGCGGUGGAAUGAAGCUGAAAAUGGUGCCACCGUACCUGAUCUCUCAGCUUACUGGAGGUUUACUUGGUGCAGUCAUGGCCAAGGGAAUGACCUCAAAUGAGAACUAUGCAAAAGCUCAAGGUGCGGCAUUUACGCUUCUCCAGGCUGAUGACUAUAUUGUGAAGGCAUUAUUUGGAGAAAUUGCCAUGACGUGUCUAGUUACCAUGGUGGUCUUACUGGGUGCAGUUAAUGCCAAGAGCAAAAGUCCUUUGGUUCCAUUUUUGGUGGGCUGCACAGUCAUUAUUAAUGUGCUAGUGGGGGGUGAUGUGUCUGGUACUUGUCUGAAUCCUGCAAGAGUAUUUGGUCCUGCAGUGCUGACCAACUACUGGACUCACCACUGGAUCUACUGGGUAGGGCCCAUUACUGGCGGCCUUAUUGCUGCGGCAUUAGUCAGGUUAUUGCUCGGAGACAACAACACCCGCGUACUGAUGAAGUAACAUUCAAUACAUCUUUCAAACAGACUUUUGAUUUUGUUAAUUCUCCUUUUCUUAGGUGCACAAGAAUUUAACUUAUUUUUAACUAUAUGAUGCUUAGCCAAUUCAAUUUUCUUUGCCAGCUACAUUAAUGCAAGCUCAAAAUAGUAAUAAUCAUGCUCUGUGAAUACGGAAAUAUGGGGAAAGGUAUUAAUAUUUGAAUUUUACAUUUUAAAUUGGGAAAUUUUUAAAUUGAAAAUGUAGGU